CUUAGACAGAAGUUGUAUGAGCCCAUGACAUACUAAUAUUAUUUACAUUAUAAAAUGUUAGGGCAAAACUAGGGUUUUCGGAUUUGGCUGUUGCUGUUCCUUAAUCUCAAAUCUCAUCUGCACCAGCCGACGACAUGGGGAGGAGACCUGCAAGGUGUUAUCGCCAAAUCAAGAAUAAGCCAUACCCCAAAUCUCGAUACUGCCGUGGUGUCCCAGAUCCUAAGAUCAGAAUUUAUGAUGUUGGGAUGAAGAAAAAAGGUGUUGAUGAGUUUCCUUUCUGUGUCCAUCUUGUGAGUUGGGAGAAGGAGAACGUCUCAAGUGAGGCAUUGGAAGCUGCCCGUAUUGCCUGCAACAAGUACAUGGCCAAGUUUGCAGGGAAGGAUGCUUUCCAUUUGAGAGUGCGGGUUCAUCCCUUCCAUGUUCUGCGUAUCAACAAGAUGCUUUCAUGUGCCGGUGCUGAUAGGCUUCAGACCGGAAUGAGGGGUGCUUUUGGGAAACCUCAAGGAACAUGUGCCAGAGUUGACAUUGGUCAGGUUCUGCUGUCUGUUCGUUGCAAGGACAGCAACAGCCAUCAUGCACAGGAGGCCCUCCGUCGUGCAAAGUUCAAGUUUCCUGGUCGUCAAAAGAUUAUUGUUAGCAGGAAGUGGGGAUUUACCAAGUACAACCGUGCUGAUUAUCUGAAGUGGAAGUCUGAGAACAGGAUCAUGCCAGACGGUGUCAAUGCAAAGCUUCUUGGAUGUCAUGGUCCUUUGACUAAUCGUCAACCUGGAAGAGCUUUCCUCUCUGGAUCAGACUAGACUCUCAACUAUCCAGCAAAUUUUGAAGUUCUCUCCAAAAGCUUUCUGUUGAACUCGUUUCUGGUUUAUCAUUAUAGUUGUGUUGCAGAUCUUCCCUUAGUGGAUUUUCAGGUUUAAAAUAUUUGGUUUAAUGAAUUGUUAUUCACACCAUUAUUAUGGAAUUUAAUUUUAUUGCUAUUAUUAUUUC